AUGUGGGUUCAGUCGAGAAAAGGCUGUUUCAGUCUCAAGGCAAUUAACUUUGCAGACUCCAGAGCAGCCAGACUCAGUUAUUUCGUUUCUGAAGGACCUGAGUUAACCAAAUCCCAGAUUUUCAAGACACUGAAAUCAGGUCCUUCGAUCCUUUUAUGUGAUGUAGAGAAGACCCUUUUGCCCAAAGUAAGUUAUUUAAGAGAUUUAGGCUUUUCUGAUGCUGAUGUAACUGCAAUUGUGAACAUUGCACCCUGUGUCUUGAGGAGUAGCUUAGAGGAACGUCUCAUACCAUCUGAUAGGAAAUUUGUAGAGACCAUGGUUCAUGAUUCUUUAGAAGAUUUUGGUGGCGAUGGUCAAGAUUACAGUAUAUUAUUUGCUACAGAUGAGGAAUUUGCAAACAAGGAUGAUGCUGUUGCUUGGGUGAAAGGCAUGGGCAUGGCAAAUGGUAUGAUUAUAAAUGUAGUUUCCAGUAAGAAGAAGAAUGCUGUUCUGAUGAGAUGCUGUAAAGGGGGAAAGGUGUCAGUUGAUGAUGGUGAAUACUAUGUCACAUCAGACUCGAAGACACAGAACAUUGGGUGUAAAUUUAAGUUAUAUGUGCACUCAGUGGAUGGGAAGUGGCGCAUUCGGGUGUAUCCUGGUGAGUUUGGAAUGCAUAACCACGACCUGUUUGACGAAGAUCAUCCCACGAGGGGCCUUAGCGAUGGAGUGAAACAGCUUAUACAGGGUAUGUCCAAAGAUGGGUGCAGACCGUUUCAGAUCAUGGCUGCGAUUCAGAGGAUCUUUCCUGAUGAAAAAGUUAACAGACGGCAAGUGUACAAUUUCAGGAAGAAAUUGCUUAAUGAGGGGUUCCCGGUGCUGGGUGAAUCAAGUGCCAUGGAUGUCGCGACGAAGACACUAGCGGUGGCCAAGCAUCAUGGUUACAUCAUCAUGACAGAUUGCAAUCAGGAGACAGACGUUGUGGAAGCUAAUAACCAGGGUGAGUACAAUAAAGCUGUUGCCGUAAUAAUCCGUUGUUGGCAGUCUUUUCCGAGAGUUCUUACUUAUAUCCAGAAGACAUGGCUAGUGGUUGACUACAAAUUCGUCAAGGCAUGGACGAAUGCUGUGUUUCAUAUGGGCAACACUACUACAGGUAGUGUGAAAAGCGCGCAAGCGCUUAAAAACUCGGCCGAAACAUCCACGGCGUCCCUGGAUACACUUUGGGCUAAGGUGCACUUGGAAAUUCAGAGUCAGCUAACCGAAAUACGCCCAUUUUCCUCUGCAUCUGUAGCUGUAAAGACUCAAAGCAAAUCCCUUUCAAGUGUUAAUGGUAGUGAUGAGAAACAAAGCUCGUUUGCUGUUGAUUACCUUGUAAAAAGAUUUGAUUUUUCUGAGAAAACAGCAAUUUCAGCUUCCAAACAUCUCAAAUUUGAAACCUCAGAUAAGCCGGAUUCAGUUCUUGCAGUGCUAAAAAAUAAUGGAUUUAAGGAUGAUCAUAUUUAUGCACUUGUUAGAAAAUAUCCCAGAGUUCUUGUAUGCCGGCCUGAGAAGAGCAUUUUGCCCAAGAUUGAGUAUUUGAGAUCUUUAGGAUUAAAAGAUGUAGACGUUUCCAAGGUUCUUAGCUCGAGGAAUUUGAUAUGUAGAAGUUUGGAUAAACAGAUUAUUCCAUCUGGCAAAGCCCUUUUGGAUGUGUUUAAAUCAUACGAAGAUUUGGCAUGUGGUCUGGUGCGGUUACCCGAUAUGCUUACAUUGCGAUUUCAGAAAUAUAUGGCAGCCAACAUUGAGAUUUUGAGGAAUAUGAGAGUUCCUGAAACCUACAUUGUUAAUAUGCUAAGAGAUCAGCCAAGAGUAUUCCUGAAGCCACCUGAGCUAUUGAAAGAGUUAGGAAAAGAGCUUGAGAAAAUGGGGCUUAAUCCUAUCGAUAGGAGUUUUGUUAAAUGUUUGUGGCGAAUGUCAUCGAUGUAUCCUCCAGUAUGGAAACAAAAAGUCGCAGUGUAUGGGAGAUGGGGGUGUUCAGAGGAUCAGGUUCUGGAGGCUUUUAAGAGGCACACAUGCGUUAUGGCAGCAUCAGAGGCUAAAGUCAUGGGUGUUAUGAAUAUUUUUGUCAACGAGAUGGGUUAUGAUGCAUCUGCCGUACUGAACGUGCCUAGUGUAUUUUCAUUUAGUUUGAAGAAAAUACUUGUUCCAAGGUGUGCUGUGUAUCGAGUUCUCUUGGCUAAAGGCUUAGUCAGCAAAGAUCGUUGCUUGGCAAAUUUCCUGGUAUGCACAGAGCAGAAGUUCCUUAUCAGAUAUGUUGAACGCUUUAGCGAAGAAGCUCCGGAGCUCUUGAAAAUUUAUCAGGAGAAUCAACAACUCUGA